AUCCUUCUCUCUCCCUUCCCUUCUCUCUCCUGUUGCAGUCUUCAGUCUAAAAAGCUCACUUUUUUUUAGCUGGGACAGGCCAUUUCUGUUCUGGGUUUAAUCUGAAAUUUUCUCAUUUUUUUUCUCUGAGCCCAUUUUUUCCCUCACAAAUUAGCUUCACAUUUCCACACUUUCCCAAUGAGUCUCUGAUCCCACUUUCCUGCAUUGGUUCUAUAAACCUGGGAUCAAUCCUCCCCAACCCACUUCCCUGUAAAGAUGAAGUCUUCAACUCGGCUGGACUCGGCUCUGUUCCAACUCACCCCAACUCGGACCAGGUGCGAUCUGGUUAUAUCCGCAAAUGGAAUGAUGGAGAAAAUAGCUUCUGGUUUGUUGAAUCCGUUUCUGUCCCACUUGAAGACUGCGCAAGAACAAAUGGCCAAGGGUGGUUAUUCAAUUAUUCUUGAGCCAGAGAGCAGUGAUGCAGCAUGGUUCACAAAGAGAACGGUCCAAAGGUUUGUUCGCUUUGUGAGCACCCCAGAGGUCUUGGAACGGGUGUACACUUUAGAAUCUGAGAUUUUACAGAUUGAAGAGGCAAUUGCAAUUCAAGGAAAUAAUGACACGGGACUUAAUCAUGUAGAGGACAAUCAUGGAAAACCCGUAGAUAGCUUUGAAGGAAACAAGCCUUUGCUAGAUGCUAGUGAAGAGAAAGCAAUUGUCCUUUACCAGCCUGAUGGUCAACCUGAAGCAAAUGGAUUCACUGCACAAGAGGCAAAUUCAAAAGUUCAUCUUUUAAAAGUCCUGGAGACACGCAGAACUAUGCUGCAGAAAGAGCAAGGUAUGGCUUUUGCACGUGCUGUAGCCGCAGGUUUUGACGUUGAUCAUUUGCCACCAUUGAUAUCAUUUGCUGAAUGGUUUGGAGCUUCACGCUUAACGGACGCUUGUAGAAGAUUUAAGGAACUGUGGAAAAGAAAGCAUGAAACUGGGCAAUGGCUUGAAAUUGAAGCAGCUGAAGCAAUGGCUAACAGAUCAGAAUUCUCUGCCAUUAAUGCAUCGGGCAUAAUGCUUUCGAGUGCAACCAACCAACAAGUAACUGCAGAAGAAAAGCCUACUGCAGAGCAUCAACCACCAUUAAGCCACCAGGAACACUUUCCGGGCCAGUAUCCCCAUCAGAUGUACCCUCCUUGGCCUGUUCAGUCUUCUCCAGGUGCAUUACCAGUGUAUCCACCAUAUCCUAUGCAAGGCAUGCCUUAUUUUCAGAAUUACCCAGGAAAUAGCCCAUUUUUUCAGCCGCCUUAUCAGAUAGUAGAGGAUCCUAAACUCAAUCAAGGUCAAAGAAUACAGAAAAGGCACUCCAUGGAUAGCAGUAAUGGAAAUAUUGAAUCAAAUGAUGUGGAAUUAGAAAAGGAUUUUUCAAAAAGUCAAGAAUCAAGAAAGAAGGCUAGCCGCUCAGGUAAAAAACAAUCUGGCAGGGUUGUCGUUCGGAACUUAAAUUACAUCACCGCAAAGGGAAAAAACUCUUCAGAUAGUGACUCAGCUAGUGACUCUCAAACUGAUGAGGACAAUGGAGAUUUUGAGGGUGGCAUUCCUGAGAUGAAGGUUACACACUCUCAUAAAUCCUCAAAAAGGAAAGAAACUGUUCUUAUGGAGGGAGAUGAAGGGAACUGGCAGGCAUUUCAGAAUUUCUUACUCAGAGAUCCUGAUGAAGACAGACGCGAGCUUGACCAAGGCAUGUUUUCCAUGGAAAAGAAGGGUCAACUGAAAAGGCGACAAAAUAACCUGGGGGAUGAUCCUUUAGUUUCUGGUGGUCGAGAUAGGGGAGAAAUUCAAGAAGGAAGUACAACAGAUAUUAAUAAAUUUAGUGGAAAUGUUACCCACAUGCAAAAGUCAUCAAAUGAUAAAAUGUUGAUAUCUGCAAGAAAUGAUCAGUUGAUUCAUGGUAAUGGUCAAAUGGAUUUACGGUCUACAGAAAUAGAUGGCAUAAGGGGUAAUUAUAGAAGGACUGCCAGUGACGAUUUUAUGAUUCAUGGACAUAAUAACCAGUCAGGUUUUACAAGUUCUCCCUCGGAUCCGCUUGCUAUAAAUGGAUUUGAUCGUGCAACCAAUGGUUUGGAUAGGAGGUCAUCUCACAACAUGGAUGAUGAUUCAUACAUAAUUCCAUUGAGGUCAAUUUCACUAGAUCAUCUCGAAAACAAUGACAGAAAUGCUAUCGACAUGGGCUCUGAGUUCCCAUCAGCAGCUCAGGUGGAAAACUCACAAGUUAACUAUGAGCCAGAUGAAUUGACUUUAAUGCCUGAGCGUGGUGCAGAAAAGGGUUCAACAGGCUACGACCCUGCUUUAGAUUAUGAAAUGCAAGGUGCUUCUCUGGAUAAGAAACAUAAGGAAGUGAUGAGUGAAAACAAGCAAGGGUCUAAGAAGCCUGACAAGGACAAGAAAUCAAAAAUGGUUUCAGAUACUUCAGAUAAGAAGAUUGGAGGACCAAUAAGGAGAGGAAAGCCCUCAAAACUUAGUCCUUUGGAUGAAGCUCGAGCACGUGCUGAGAAACUAAGAAGCUUUAAAGCCGAUCUUCAGAAAAUGAAGAAAGAAAAGGAAGAAGAAGAGAUGAAACGGCUGGAAGCCUUAAAGAUACAGAGGCAAAAGAGGAUUGCUGCUCGAGGUGGUACCAUCCCUGCAAUAUCACCAUUGCCCUCGCUGCAAACCAGGAAACAAGGGCCGACAAAACCAUCUCCAAGCACACACAGAGGAUCAAAGUUUCGUGAUUCUGAGCCAGGGUCAUCAUCUCCUUUGCAAAGGAUGCCCAUCAAAACUGGCUCUAUGGGCUCUGCCGAUUCUCACAAAACCUCCAAAUCCAGCAAACUGAGUACUGGAAACCACUCUGCUGUACACAGGUUAACCCGGUCUGUAUCUUCAUUGCCUGAACAAAAGAAAGACAUUGCUGGUGUUGCAAGUAAUCCUGAACAAAAGAAAGACAUCGCUGGUGUUGCAAGUAAUCCUGAACAAAAGAAAGACAUAGCUGGUGUUGCAAGUAAUGCUAAGCUAUCCAUGGCACGGAUUCGAAGGUUAUCAGAGCCUAAGGUGACUAACGGCCAUCAUGUUUCUUCAGUGAAGCUGCGGAGUACUGUAACAGUAUCAAAGCCAAAAGUUUCUGAUGGGCAUGAGAGCAAGAAAAUAUCUGCUAUCGUGAAUUAUGACAAAAGCAAGGCUGCUACUCUCCCAGAAUUGAAAAUCAGGACACCCAAGGGACCUGAUGCUGCCCAGAGCACAUCAACGACUAAAGGAGUGACACAGAAAGAUGAUUCUGUGAAGUCUACCUCUGAAGGUGGUCAACCGAAGGGGAAUGAUGACAAAAUUUCACACCAUAGUGAUCGGGAUGACAACUUAGUAAUUGAGAAAACUCUCGUGAUGCUUGAGAAACCUUCCAUUCCCAUUGUACAUGCAGAAGAAACUUUGAGGGAUGCGAAGGGACAGAAUAUUAAGGAGAAGACAGAGGUGUCAGAGUAUGCUGCUAUUCGGGCACCAGUUUCACCACUAACGAUUGAUACAUUCAAUAGAGAACCUGCUCGUGACCUAUUACAGCAGCAACUUCAGUCUCAUGAGGUUACUACGAGUAAUAUGGAGAAGGAAUCGGCAAAGUUUUCAAGCAAUAGCACUGCUGCAAAACCAUAUCAAGCCCCUUAUGUGCGAGUUCCUUCUCUGGCAGGUCCAUGUACUCAGAAUCCUGAGUACGGAAAAGCACCCACAAACUUAAAGACUGUGGCAAUAGGCACAGUGACCAUAAAAGCACCUGUACCUGAGUCUAGUAACCUUGAAAAGAUUCCAGAAGCAUUUGAAAAGCCUCAGGCAAAGGAAUCAUUAAAAGGGUUCAGACGGCUGUUAAAGUUUGGGAUGAAGAACCAUGGCUCAUCAUCAGGUGAACGUAAUGUUGAAUCAGAUAACGUCAGCAUGAAUGGUACUGAGGCAGGUGAUAAUGGGACAAACAUUGUUUCUUCUAGUGAAGUCCUUACAUUAAAGAAUCUGAUAUCACAAGAUGAAACUCCAAAUCCCAGCUCUACACAAAAGUCUUCUCGCCAUUUCUCCUUGUUGUCACCAUUCAAAAGAAAGACUAGCGAGAAGAAGCUGACAACGUGACGAUGUGAAUGCUUGCGAAAUUGAAGACAGAAGCAACAAGGUUUCUCUUAUUUAUGCAGCACUUGGCUGCAAUCUGAGUCAUAAAAGCUCUACAGAUUUCCUCUCCUGUAUGUUUAAAAGGAAAAUCUUAGUUUUGAUGUUGUCUAACUUGUCUUUGUACAUUCAUAUUAGUUUGUUAGCGUUGCAUGCCGAAUUCGUUUGUAGCGCUCCUCUGCGUAAUUUGCAACCUCAACGAUGAUUGUUGUUGGACAUAGUUUAUUGUGGAUGGGAUUGAUCUCGGGUUCGUGGAUGUCACAGAGAGGGAGAAUGCACAAAAAUAGAGUUUCCACAACUGAGAAGUGGCUUGUGAUUUUCUCUUAGAUUUCAAGUUUCGACCGAGACAGGGUUGCAAAGAUCCCAAAUAGAAUUGCUCCUUGAUGCAAAAUUUGUUACAUUAUUUGUCACUUUUAAACUCCUAGUCAUGUUUUUCCUUGGUUGAA